CUUCUCGUAGCUUAUAUCUAGUGUGGAGUACCUGCGCUCUAUGGCAGUGUUAUUGGAGUCGAAAGAAGACAAGACGGUUUGGUUCCUUGAUGAACUUUCGUUUUUAGUCAAACAACGAUCAGUGCGUCUUUACAAGAAUAAAAAAGCAGAACCCUUAAAGUGACUCCCAGCAUCCCCUGAAGGAGACCGCUGUGGGAUCGAUUGACCAAGAUAAAGAAUACAGUGUUAUUCUUUCCCUCCGGAAGUACAAAGGAAAACUUUGUAUUGAAAAUCCUUGACUUCAACACACAGCUUGGAAUGAUUGUACAGAGCCACCUCUGAGAGCGAUCCCCUGCACACUCUUGAGCAAACAAACCAUUCCCAGCCUAAAGUCGAUGUCCAACUUUCUAUCACGUGACUCAGACCCCAAAUUGUCAACACAGUGAACCAGCCUUGUUCUGUGGUCUCUGCCCUGCUGGGCGGGCAGUUCCUCAUACAGGUUGGAGUGUGUUUAUGGCUCAGUGAGUCCUGCUUGCAUCAGUGAAGAGAUGUCUGAAAAGAAAGCCAGGAACCCAGAUGCGCGGCCCAAGUCAAACCGCAGCCGGAGUCUGGACAGCUACACCUGGAGCCGCAAGAAACGCUCGAGGAGCGGCCGGAAUGAGCCCACCACGCCGAUUGGCUGCUCAGAGGGGGAGGGGGCAGAGCUGUCAGGGAGAAUCGCUUCCUGGCCACAGAGGCGCAGAGAGAGGAAGUACAGCUCCUCCUCGGCCGGUGACUUGGACUGUGACUCCUCUCGAAAAGUCUUGUCCGGGCGCUCUCUCAGACAGACGCUGCAGGACGCCGUGGUCCAGUGCUUCCCCCUCCGCACCCACCACCAGACCGGGGCCUCGCGCCCGUUCUCCAAGCUGCUCUGGUCCAAACGCAAGAUUCACGUCUCGGAGCUAAUGCAGGACAAGUGCCCUUUCUCACCCAAGUCGGAGCUGGCCCACUGCUGGCAUCUCAUCAAGAGGCACUCCUCCCAACACCCUACAUCUGGAGGGGAGCAUGCGAGCAAAGGGGAGCAGACAACCUCAACACCACUUCUGAUCUCCUGGGAAGAGAUCAGCUCCCAGAGUUUACGGAGAAACAAGCAGGGGGUUCAGGGUGGGGAGAUGGAGGAUUCGAAUGAGGACGCAGUGUCGCUCUGCACAUUCCCUGGCUUGGGAAGCCGCUCGGAGGACGCUGUCUGCAGCCUGGUCCCCGACCUGCUCCAGAUCAACAACAGUCCCUGUUACUGGGGCGUGCUGGACCGCUACCAGGCAGAGGAGCUUCUGGACGGCAAGCCGGAGGGGACCUUCCUGCUACGGGACUCUGCGCAGGAUGACUUCCUGUUCUCGGUCAGCUUCCGGCGCUACAGCCGCUCCCUGCACGCGCGCAUUGAGCACAGCGGCCAGCGGUUCAGCUUCGACGGGCGGGACCCCUGCGUGUACCAGGAUCCCAGCGUGACCGGGUUGCUGCAGCACUACAGCGACCCGGCUGCCUGCCUCUUCUUCGAGCCUCUGCUCUCCCUGCCCCUGCCACGCACCUUCCCCUUCUCACUCCAGCACCUGAGUCGCGCCGUGAUCAACAGCUGCACUACCUACCAGGGUGUGGACUCCCUGCCCCUACCCCCCUCACUGCAGGACUACCUGAGACAGUACCACUACAAGCACAGGACCGGGGCAGAAUUCAGCUGAGCAGCAGCUUACAGCAUUGCACGCACACACACACACACACACACGCACGCACACACGCACAGACAUACACGUAUAUAUAUACACACACACACACACACACACACACACACAGAGUAGGGUGUGUGCUAAAAAAGCAUUUCUGAUCUGACUCUUUACAGUGCAGUGCUGCCUUUCAUGAGCAGCACUUUGCCCUCUGAAACAUUUUCCCACCUUGAACUGAAAAAAAAGCUUUUAAAGAGGUUUUUGUUUUCACUCAUUAAACCUCCAGGGAGGGAGAGAGGGGAGCCUGGAGCCAUUCUGGGUGUCUCCUGGGGGAAAAAAAAAGAGAGCAUGUCUGGAUUGCUUAUAGUCCUGCAGCUGGCUGAGUGAAACUACAUUUUUUUAUUUAAAAGUGUAAUUAUUUGAAUAUGAAUAAAUGCAGGUUGAUUUCUUUUAAGAGCUGACAUUUUUUAUAUAUUUGUUUUAGACAAAUCCUUAAUACAUUUUAGAAUUGUCUGACUGUUACUGUUACAGUAUUUGUGUUAUUUUAUAAUAAAGAAAAAAGGGUGUCUUUGUAAUACUGCACUAUUUAAUAAAACUUGGCCAUUGAUUACUCA